CUGGGUCCUGUGUUGCUGCUCAGUUUGGCCACGCUGACUUGUGAGUCUAUUUUGGUAUCUUUUGAGCUUGCGCUCAGGCCACACCAGUGCAGUUGAACAUGGAUCCAAGGGCUUGACACACUUUGGUCAGUUUUCUUUGUUUCUUCAACUUCAGUAAGAUUAAAACUUAAAACAUCUGUAAAUAAUAAGCAUUAAAUGGAAUAUUUUCAGCAGGUGGUACGAUAGUGGACUCUUGGAUUCUACUCGAAGGAUUUGUGUUUGACAUCAGAGUCCAUAUGGGAGCUUUUGCACUCAACAUGAAGGACCCAUCACCGAGGUGAUUAGCAGAUUCAAACUCUUCCUCGACGUUGGACUGAGCUGAAGGAAAACUUAAGGAUCUUCAGCGGCUACAAAGUUGGGAAAGCUGGUGAUGACUAAAAGGAAAGUUCCUUGCUGACAUAAUGAGCUGCGUGGAAAAGCGACAUGUGAACCAUCGGAUGGGAAGCAUGCUCCACCAUCGCUUCCCCAAUGGCUUCAAUGACAUGUUCAUGGAUGAGACGGAUCGGGAGGUCAGCACCCUCACCGACAGAGCCUUCCGGAGUCUCUGUGUUGGAGACGACGCAGUCUACAAUGACGAAUUUCUUUACGGAUUUUCGCCUUUUAGCUGCCACAAACCUUUGGUUGGGGAAACCCCUAAAAAGACUCAUCAUAAGGAAUUUAAAAAGGAAAGGCAACACAAGCACACCAAAAGUGAUGGUAAGCCCUGGAAACAGCAGCAACAGAAGAACAUUUCAGAAAUGUCAUCGUUCCUCAAGGCACUCAGCGUCACAGAGGAAAGCUGUGAGCUGAUCAGAAAUGGAGGUGCAUCAGACUCUAACGGGGAAUCGUGGGAUAAGUCUGCACUUCGCAGCAUCCAGAGAGAGCUAUCUGAGUUCUCCUCAGAUUACAACACUGGUCUUACUGAAAGACACUACAAGAACCAUCUGCACCAUCAGUCUGGUGAUGCUUCAUCAAACAAAACACGUAAAGAUGUCGGCCUUCCUUCUGGGAAAUCAACAAAGAUUAAAAAUGGGAAAUCCAUGGUCAAACUAAAAAAACUCAACAUCAAAAACUUUUUCCUCCACAGUGAAUUCAGUCCUUUCCAGACAUGGACAGACUUAAAGGGCUAUCCUUUUGGUCAAGAGGAGGCAGUGACCACUAUUCUCAGCACAGAUAACACCCCUAGAUGGUACGACUUGUCGUUUUAUAAAGAGCUUGCUGAGGCACAUAGAAAAGAGACCCAACUUACAGAGGAGACACGGACAGGCCAGAAAGAAGCAGUCGAGCCAUCUUCCCCCACUGUUCACAAACCAGUCCCUCCCCCUCCUCCACCAAAGAUCAUGCCAAAGCCCUCAGUCACUCCAGCUGAAAAGAGGUGCUCCUCCAGUGGUGGGGAUGGAGCUGCUGCCCCCUGGAGGCGCAACAGCUCCAGGGCAAGAAGUGCUCUUUCAGUCAAUCAGCCUGGGAUACCACAUCAGGAGAGCAAUGCCAAAGCAGCGGAUGAAAGUCUUUUGUUGGUCAAAGAAGUUAAAUCUGUGGAAGUGAAAGCAGUUGAGGAGGCCAGCUCUGUGGCCUCCACCCCGUUCAGCAUCUGUCAGCUGAUGACUCCCCUCAUCCCCUCCAGACAACCGACAGAAACAUCAGAAAUUCUUCAAACGGUCCUGUCGCCCUCUGCCCUCGAGCUUCCAGGCAGGCCUCUCUCCGAGGCCACAUUGAUGCCUGAAGUUCAAGUGAAGCGGGAGAGCUACAAAUCACUUGCCUCUAGCAUCCUCUUCAACCUGAAAGACAACCGGAAGAGGGUGAAGAGCCGUUACAGCCCACCUAAAUUCAAAACAUUAGAGCUUCAUGAAGGUGAUGACCGGUCUUCUCAAUCAGAUCAUUUGAAACAAGCUGGUUCUGAGGGCAGUGGAUCUGGUUUGAGCACUCCUGUCAUCUCCAAAGAUGGGCUGCCAGUUUGCAGUCCUAUUUUGGAACCUGGAGAACCCUCAAAUGUUGAUCUUGCACAGCAGGAUAAUGACAGGCCUCUGUCAGAUGAUUAUUUGUUGUCAAAUCUGCUGCACGAUAAAAGAGAGGAGAACCCCCUUUCUCCAUUUAAACACUCAAAAAUGAACAAAAGCCCCAUGGUUAAAAAGCAAAAUUACCCCUCUCUGAAUUUGUAUAAAAAAUCCAUUACUGUUGACAGUGAUAUGAAAUAUCUUCAAGUCCCUCUGAGCACCAACACAGAUCCACCCGCAGAGACAAAAGAGAGAGAUUUUUCUCCAGGAGCACAGCCAAAGAAUACUUUAAAAGUCAUUAAGGAUAAUUCCUCCCUACUUUCACCCCACACUCUUGAGAAAGACAGGCUGUCAUCAAAUGGGAAAAUCCCCCCAAAUGUCUCAGAGAAAACUAAAUGGGUGGCCAAAGAUGCAGGAGACACUGGAGUCCUGCCGACUUCCAAGGAAAAAGAAACAGGUGGCCAAACCAUGAGUACAAUGGAGGUCAUCAGAGCAGCAAAGGAAGCAAUUAAUAUAGCCAAAAACAAAGCUCGAUCAGGAAGUCAUUCAGAUAGUAUCAGUAAGAGGACGUCUGACACUGAACAACUGAGGCCAAAAGAAAUGAAUGACAACGUUUCAAAAGACAUGUUUAGAGGCAGGAGAGAAAAUAUGUUCCCAGAAAGUGACAACAUUUUAUCCCAAAAUAGAAAUGAAGUCACUGGUGCAACACCGGUUGGCAAAAAUAGUAAUGUAGACAAAGAGCCUCCACCGGUUCCAAAGAAACGUUUAGCUAAAUCAGAUGUUCAACUGUCUCAAGACAAACUAUCGGUAGAUAAUGCUGACAAAUCCUCGAACAGCGAUUCGAUGUAUAUAAAAUCAGAUUUACCACAAAAAGAAAAGGAAUCGGUCCAAAACCAAAGCAAGCACAAACAUAUAUUCUCAGCCAGACAGAACAAUUAUAUUAAACAUCAGAGAUAUGCUGUGAAAGCUGAUGAGCAGGCAGAGGAGUAUGAAGAAGGAAACCUGAAUGUGAAUACAAGAAUGCAAACAGAUGAUGUGUCACAAAGAGAAAUGAGAGAUAGCGAACACAUAAUUCAUGAUUUGCAGGCUUUGAAAGAGCUAGAAAGGGCAAGACUUGGUGAUCACGUACAUGUUAAUGCAAAGAGCAAACUGGAGACUAUUAACAUAGAGGAGGAGGCAAAGGCGAAACACGAUAUGAUCUCUAGAGAGCUUCGGAAUAUAAAGAGAGGGAUGCUAUCAAUGAGGGGGAACACCUCAGCUAAGAGAGAAAUGUUUACAAAGAAAGAGAAGGAGCAGCAUAAGCAGGAAGCGUUGGCAAAGUUAGACCGUAAUGCGAUCGUGAACAAAGCGCGUGUAAAUGAAAACUAUGACAAAGCCAAAAUGGCUCUUGAAGAGAUCAUCACCGAACGCAAGAGGAGAAGGAAUGAAUCCACAGGAUUAAGGGAUGAAAAUCCAGCAUCAGAGGAGAACAUUAAUGACGAAUAUUCUGAAACAUGGCUACAGCAAGGUCACAAUGCUUCUAGGGGUGGCAUCAGAGAGGUCAUUGAAAAACAAAAUGGUAGCACCCCUGCACUCAAACACAGAGAACUAAAAGAGAGAUUAGGCGAUUUAAGAGAUCAUAAUCAACUGAGACAAAUCUUAUCACAAACUGAGCCUAGACCAGGUGACACACACAGAUCAGGGGGUAGGAUAGCACUUCCUGAUGUUGACAGGGCUACCAAUGAGCUAAACACACCCCUGAAGGCCGAGGCUAAACAUGUAAGAGGUCACUCAGAGGAUACUCAUGAUUCAGAUGUCAGUUUGAAAGGAAUAGCGAGGAAAGUGUCUGAAGAGAGUGGAGAAUUUUUAAUGGAUGGAUGUGAGGAUAAAACGCUAGAUGCUCCUCCUGUUCCUCCCAGGGGCAAAAAAGGGGUGAAUAAGAGAGUUGGAAGUAUAACUAAAGAGAAAGAUGCCAUUGAAAAAACUGUCUUAAACAAAAAUGGGAAGUUUGAAAGCUAUGAGGGGCAAUUAACUGAAAUAGGGACAGGCCCAGGAAUACAAGACAUAGGUAGUGAAGAAGCUGUGCACAGUCAAAGGGAAAACAGUCUCUCUACAUGUAAGCCGGUUUUAACUUCAAAAAUCCCAGCAUCUGAAAAUGCAUUAAUGUCAUCACCAGAUCUCAGAGCAAAGGAACCUCAGGGACAUGACUUGCAAUUUAGUAUGAGCCCCACAACUGAAACCAGCAGUGCUAAGGCACAGGAUACAUGGAGGGUCAAGCGAAAGGCCUCUUUAAAACCAGACCAUUUAAGCAUACCAGAUGACAAUGUAAGCAAGAGUCUCAAAGCAGAUGAAGAAACUGUCAAAAUUAGCAAUGAGGAUGCUAACGUGGAUACAGAGGCUGUUGGUGAAGAUUACAGAGACAUAGUGUCCCCCUUACUCCUGGUAAAUAGUGUCAAUGUCACUCAGAGUCCACCUGAUCAAGCUAGCUUGUCCUCAAAAUCCUCCUACUUCUCAGUGGAAAGUACACUCCACAGAAACACUGAGGCUGAGUCAAAUGUCUACCACUCUUUGGAGAACUUGUCAGGAGAGGUGGAGGAAGUUGAGGCGAGGCAGACUGUUUCACCGAAAGGUUCAAUCAGACCAGAAAUGGAAUAUAAUUGUUUAGUUGAUCAUGAAGAAGAGCUGGAGGAUAUAAAGCAUCCAAUAAAAUCUCCUCUGAAAGACCUAAAGGUGCAACACAAGGACAGCACAGACAGUGAAAAUAUAUUUAGGGAUAUAAAAGUAUCACAUAAAGAUAAGGAUGCAACAAUGUCACCAACCAAUACUCUCUCUCCGCCUUUGGGCAUCCCGGCCUUGUUUAAAGUAAAAGAUAACAGCUUCGCUAAUAAGCUUAAAAAGGUUAUGCCAGCUUGGUCACCAAGAGGGAGUCUGAUUGGUUCAGAGAGGGUAGGUGAAGAGGUAACUCAGGAUCAGGCAAAUUCAGAGCUCCCUAUAAUUAAAGAAGCUUCCGCUAGCGACAGCACCAUAACUGUGGCAGAAAACUUUAAACCUAAAGUUAUUAUAUCAAGUCAGUCACCACUCCCGAUGCCCUCGCCUUCGAAUAUUCAAAGUGAAAUCCCAAAGAAACCUCAAAUUGGAGGUUUCCUGACUGUCCCUCAGGAGGAAGACAGAUCUUCUAGGGCGUCUGCAUCAUCUGAAGGUGUGGAGAGCCUAGCAACAAGCCAAGUUGAAACAGUUGAGGCAGCAAUGACUGCUGGUGCUCUUGUAGAGAGUGAAAGGACAAAGGUUCCCAGUGAACGAUCGGGUUCCACCUGUAGCGGUAAUGACAGUCAAACUGGCCCGCUCAAGCCACCAGCCAUCUUGCCAAAAUCUGACAGGGCAAUUCAAAAAGCCAUUAAGCUUACCAGCAGAAGGAUAAAGAAGGAGGAGGCCCAGAAAUUGCCCCAGAGGUCCUCCCAAAGCAGCAGCAAAAACAAAGCAGAAAGACACAAGAGUGAUAAAUCAGAGCAGAGAAGCAGCAGCAGUGCUAGAUCUGGCAAGAGUAGUGACAAAAAACAUAGCGGAAAACCUCAAGAUCACCAUCAACACAGUGAACCUCAUGACAGUACUAACGUGAAUGCCAAAAUUGAGCCGCGACUGAGCUGUGAGGAAAGCCAAUACAACAGAGCGGAAAUUAGCCACAAGUCUCGGAGAAGAAGGAAUGAUUCAGUGGAAAACAACAGCCAGACCAGACAUGCACGACCCAGUAUGGCUUCAGAAAGACAGGGACGAAGUAGCGACAGACACACUCGACAGAAUCCCGAGCAAAGACAGUGCAGCAGUGACAGGGUCAUCAGUAACGUACCUGUGUACAAAGCUCAUGUUGGAGAAAGACCCACAUCAGACAGGCCAUUCAAUCGAUCACAAAGCAUUGAUAGGUACUUAGGAGGUAAUGGACAGCGCAGGCUCAGCGCAGAUGUGUCAGUCAAUGAGAAGCUCGAUCCUAGGACCGAGCGUAUUGAGAAAUCCAUCAUGGAUGAAUUUCAGCAAAGAGGCCGAGCUAGAGACAAGGGGAACCGAGACAACCCACUGAGACGAAGCCACAGUAUCGAUGUAUACAGCACUGAAGUACGUAACCCUCCCUCCCUGUCUCGCCAAUCAAGCCACUCUAGUCAAUUUUCUCGCCAGUCUAGCAUUGAGCACGCCAUUGUUACACAGUCCUUCCCCAUGACCCAACGAAAGCUCCUCCAGGAUCCAGACUCGGGGCGGUGCUUUUUUGUCGACCUGCCUGUACAAGUCAAGACGAAAACCUUCUUUGAUCCUGAGACAGGAACCUAUCUGCAGCUGCCAAUUCAGCCUCCAGAGGGCACCUUUUCUCAGGCAUCCACAAUGGAGGUUCUAACUCCUCCGCUAGUGGUUUACCAUGGCUUUGUCCCAGUUUCUCUGUCUCCGAUGACCCAGAAAACAGUCAUGCAAGCACAUCAUGUGGAACCGGAGGAGUUUGAGCAAAGGCACCUGGACAGAACAAGGCAGAUGCACUAUAAGGAGGGACAUACGUAUUUAGAGCCUGCUUACGGUCAACAUGACCAUGCGUUAGGGGACUUCAUGGGCACAGAGGAGCUGGACUGUCCCAGCUGAUGGGACAUUCCAUAAGUUCUUUUUGUAAUGUUUCUAUCAUGGAAUAUCUUUUUUUUUACUUACUCUCUUUCAUUUCAAAUUGAUUACCUAAAUCGUUCAUGUUACAUCCAUAAUGGUGAUUCUCCUCAACUAAUUGAGCUCCAAUGGAAUUUUUCAAAGCAAUUCUGAUGUUUCAGAUGACUGCAGCUGUGAUGCAAAUAUCUUUGACCUGUUCUUGACAGAAUAAGAAUAAUCCACCUAAAACACCACUAAAAUGAUCCCAGAAAUGCAAAGUACAUCCCCAGUGCAUGUUCACUUUUUACCAAGGUGUUUCUUAACAGAGGUUUUCAUCUCUUAAGGUUCAAGUGUUUUCACAGUUCACUUUUUGGGUUUGGUUUUGCUUUCCUUUAAACUUUGAUAAGAAAGAGGAGCUCUAUCAUUUAUUUAUCUAUGAGACCUCUGCUAAGUUUGUGAGAAGGAAUGAGAUUGGAUUGAGCAUAAAAUGGCAAAAGAUGAUGCAUUUUUAGAUGAACGAUAGUUGUUGAAUGGGACUGAAUGAAUGUGUGUAAGAAAAUGUGCAAUUUUUGAGAAAGGGGGAAAAAAACAUGGAUAGUCCAUGUACAUACUGUAUUUAAGUGAACACAGAGAGGGCAUGCUUGAAUGUAAAAUGUUGAUUUUUUUUGUUUGUUUUUUGUAAAUGCUGACCGUUUGUUAUAUAUAAUACAGUGGUAUUGGAUCUCCACUAUUUUUCAGGUACCUUAGCUUUUGUUUUCUUACCAUCAGUGUUUAUUGUCUUGAGAUUUCAAUUUUCAGUUGAACAGUUGAAACUAAUUUAUCAUCAAAUAAGUAUGGAAGAAUGCUGCAUUCACUAAAAAACAAACAUUUUGUGUUUUUCUGAAUUAAAAUGAUUAUUUUUUCAGUGUAAAUUUAGGUACACUUUUCUUACAGUUUUUAAACUGUUUUUCAAAAUGACCUUUUCGAGAUGAAUAAAAUAUGCCUCUGUUUUUCUGAAUUAACAAGAUCAUUUUUAAAGAUAAAACAACAUAUUUUCUGAAUCAAUUAGAUGCUUCAAGGUCUCACCUGCCAGACAUUGAAGGGAAAAACAAGUGAGCAUUUCUUAGAUUCAGGAUAAAAAGAACCUUGGUAAAUUUUUGAAUGCAUUACACUUCCAUAAUUAAGAAAAUUGACUAAUCAGGUCCACACAAUUAAAUUGUUGUUAAAUAAUUUUUACACUUCCUUAAAGAUCACUCUGACUUAAUGUGUCUCAGAAAUCAAAAAAAAGAAGAAGAAAAAACCUUUAAACUGUCAAAAAGCUUGAGCUGGUGUUAUUGCAACCACUUUUGUGUUCAUAUGCAGAGGACAUGACGGAGAGCUGGUGUUGCAAGUUUGCUGCAUUUGCAUUUUCCUCAGCUAGAAUCAGGCAGGGCUGUCUUGUGUCUGUGAUCCAUUCCAAUAAAAAAACUGU